AUGUCGGAAAACGGCAUCCCUUCAACUACAACCCCCCAGGCGGCGCCGGCGCCGGCGCCCGUCGCUAACGACUCUGCUGCCCACGCUGUCACGGCCACCCCGACCGCCUCGGUGACUGCGACCGCCGCCGCCGCGACCGCUGCCGUCAACAACUCACUCAAUGGCGCCGGCGACCAACUACCUUGCCAGUGGGUGGGAUGCAGCGAGAAAUGCCCUACUGCCGAGGCGCUCUAUGAACACGUCUGCGAACGACAUGUCGGUCGCAAGAGCACCAACAAUCUCAACUUGACUUGCCAAUGGGGAACUUGCAACACCACCACUGUCAAGCGCGACCACAUCACCUCCCACAUUCGAGUGCAUGUGCCCCUCAAGCCCCAUAAGUGCGAUUUCUGUGGCAAGGCCUUCAAGCGCCCCCAGGAUCUGAAGAAGCACGUCAAGACCCAUGCCGACGACUCCGAGAUUCGCUCUCCCGAGCCUGGCAUGAAGCAUCAUCACGACAUGAUGUUCCCCCAGAACCCGAAAGGAUAUGCUGCUGCUGCUCCAUAUUUCGAUAGCCCAAUUCACGCCGUCUCUGGUCAAGGUUACGGGCAUGGCGCUCCUCAGUACUACCAGGCAGCACACCCGCCGCCUCCUCCCGCUGCUCCCCACUCUUAUGGUAACGGGUACGACGCCUUGAACGAGUUCUUCGGCGACUUGAAACGACGCCAGUUCGAUACGAGUUCCUACGCCGCUGUGGGCCAACGCCUACUUGGUCUGCAGCAACUGCAGCUUCCUAUUCUCAAUGGACCCGUUCCUGAAUACCAUCCCAUGCCCGCCGCAGUUCCUGUGGCCGGCGGCAGUGGUGGUGGUUACAGCCCUGGCGGCGGCCAUCCUCCUGGUUACCACCUGCCUCCCAUGUCGAACGUGCGGACCAAGAGCGAUCUCAUCAACAUCGAUCAGUUCUUGGAGCAGAUGCAAAACACCAUUUACGAAAGUGAUGAGAAUGUCGCAGCUGCUGGCGUUGCUCAACCGGGGGCUCAUUACGUGCAUGGAGGAAUGAGCUACCGGACAACGAACUCCCCGCCGACUCAGCUUCCCCCUAGCCAUGUCACUGCGACCACAUCGGCCCCGAUAAUGGCUGCUACCGCUCAAUCUCCUUCGACUGGUACACCUGCUUUAACACCGCCGUCAAGUGCGCAGUCCUACACUUCGCAACGCUCCCCGAUAUCAUUGCCUCAGAACCACCGUGUCUCUCCCCCUCAUGAGAGCGGCGCGGGCAUGUAUCCCCGUCUCCCGUCGACUACCAUGCCAGACAACAUGACCGCGGGCUACCCGACCGCUUCCAGCGCGGCUCCCCCGUCCACGCUCAGCGGCGCCUUUGAUGAUGACCGCCGCCGGUACACCGGAGGCACCUUGCAGCGCGCCCGACCAGCCGAACGCCAAUUGAGCGAGGAUCGCAUGGAUACUGCGCAAGAUACUAAGACCGAGGACGGCGACCGCACUCCUACCAAGAAGAGCCCCCAGUUUGCGGAGAGCUUGAUCGAUCCGGCUCUGUCCAGCGCCUCCCCAGACCCCGAUCAGGAGGCUGCUCAACGGACGGCCCGUGCUGCUACCGAGGUUGCCGAGCGGGAUGUCAAUGUUGCGUGGGUGGAGAAGGUUCGCCUGCUCGAAAACCUUCGUCGGUUAGUGUCUGAGUUGUUGGAGGGCCACGUUGAGCCAGAGACUGCGGAUAAGAAUGGGUCAGGGUCUCCUGCUCUCAGCGCCAUGGAGGGAGUCGAGACGGUCAGCACCCGGGCUUCCCCUGAGCAACAAAGCGAAGCUCCCAAGUCCGAGGGCGAAGUCGUCCUCUAUCCUACACUACGUGGGCUGGACGAGGACGGAGACUCUAAGAUGCCCGGUGACGAGGCGUAG